GGUGUCAAGUGUGUGUGGGGGCAACCAGCAUGGUGGUGGGAGUGUCAUGGUCUGGGGCCGUAUGGUGGUGGGAGUGUCAUGGUCUGGGGCCGUAUGGUGUGGGGGGGUGUCAUGGUCUGGGGCCGCAUGGUGGUGGGAGUGUCAUGGUCAGGGGCCCCAUGGUGGUGGGAGUGUCAUGGUCAGGGGCCCCAUGGUGGUGGGAGUGUCAUGGUCUGGGGCCCCAUGGUGGUGGGGGGUGUCAUGGUCUGGGGCCGCAUGGUGGUGGGAGUGUCAUGGUCAUGGGGGGCCCCAUG